GUCACCGGGACGCUUUUCUUUCGAUCGGGUGUUUUAUAAAAAAGUCAAUUUGCAAAUACGCGAUUUCAGUUUAGUUCGAGAGUUGUUAUUUGCGCCAAAAUGUUUAACAAGGUGCAUGUUUUGGCUGAAGGAUAUUCGAAAGCAAUCGGAAAUUCAAAUGAUAUGCGUGCAAAUUGCUCCUGCACUGUAAUACAAACAACAGGUGGCCACAACAUCAUAGUGGACACCAUGACUGCUUGGGAUGGCCAAGUGGUUUGUGAUGGUUUACAAAGGAUUGGUCUGCAGCCGCAAGAUAUCAACUAUGUUGUCUGCACUCAUGGGCAUUCGGAUCACAUUGGAUGCAAUUAUCUUUUUACAUCGGCGGAAUGGCAUAUUGUUGGCAGUUGCAUCUCACAUCGUGACAAAUACCCAGACUAUGAUUUUGGAAAACCCUACAAGUUAGAAAACGAUGAUGUGGUGAUUAUGAGAACCCCCGGGCAUACGCUCAGCUGCGUUUCAGUAGUCGUUUACAAUGCAGAUCCUGAACUCGGUGGUAUAGUCGGAAUUUGCGGCGAUCUCUUUGAGCGCGAUGAAGACGUUUUUAACCAAGAAAUAUGGUUAAGUGCUGGCUCUGAAAAUCCCCAAGUUCAGAGAGAAAAUCGUUACAAAAUUGCUGAUAUAUGUUCCUAUAUAAUACCUGGUCAUGGCAAAGGCUUUCAUGUAACAGACGAAAUCAAAGAGAAGUUGUGCUUGAAUUUAAAUGAAAAUACGGAAUAAAAUUGCUGGUGCUCAGACAAAACAUACGGAUUACUUUUGGAAUCUUUAAAUGAAUAUCAAGGAAAGGCCAACAAAGAAAAUAAUGACUGAUUGAAA